GAAGCACGGCUUGUCUUUCGUCCUUUCGUCGUUCCCACGCUCGCUGACUGAUCAGACACUACGUAUUAGAACACCCUCACGCAGACUUCCACACUCGCUUGCAGGCCAACCAUCCGCAGGUGCGGUCAUCUUCUGCUACUUUCCCUUGAACGCUUCCUCAAAUUAUUAUCCGUACUAGUCCAACAGCUUUCCCAACCUUCCUGUGACAUAACCGCGAAAGAUGGCGGACCGAUAUUCGUUUUCCCUGACGACCUUCUCGCCGUCCGGCAAGCUUGUGCAAAUUGAGCAUGCCCUCGCUGUCGUUGCCCAGGGAGUAACAAGUGUUGGCAUCAAAGCCCAAAACGGGAUCGUGAUUGCGACUGAGAAGAAGACACCCUCCAUCCUUGUCGAUGAAGCCACCACCGAGAAAGUGACUUUCAUAUGUCCCAACAUUGGCAUGGUGUAUUCUGGAAUGGGACCGGACGCCCGUGUGCUGGUGGAUAAGGCUCGUAAGAGCGCUCAGGAAUACAAACGCGUCUACCACGAGGAACCUCCCACAGCCAUUCUGGUGAAGGAGAUUGCGAGUGUCAUGCAGGAGUUCACACAGAGCGGAGGUGUUCGACCAUUCGGUGUCUCGCUGUUGAUUGCAGGAUUUGAUGAGACGGGUCCUUCCUUGUACCAAGUUGACCCAUCUGGCUCGUACUGGGCAUGGAAGGCGAGCGCAAUAGGGAAGAACAUGGUCAACGCGAAAACUUUCCUGGAGAAGAGAUAUAACGAGAGCAUGGAGAUUGAAGACGCAGUGCACACCGCGAUUCUGACCCUGAAGGAAGGAUUCGAAGGGCAAAUGACCGAGUCGACUAUAGAAAUCGGUGUUGCUCAGAUUGUGGAGGAGGUAUCGCACGAGGGAGUCAGGUCAAAAGUCGGCCGUUUCAAAAAGCUUGAGGCGACGGAGAUCAAAGACUACCUAGCAAACAUUGCCUGAUAGUUGGAAUUGCUUGUACAAUAGGAGUGCGCCGCGAACAUGAUGAAUAUACCUAUUUUGACUUCA